CGUUUGCUUAUCGAUUCGUUUUCAAAGUGCACACAUUUUUGUGCGGUAGUGUUUCGAAAUGGUCAAAGCAUUGCCUGCUAUUUAAUUGUAGGACAUUGUAGCAAACUGUUUCAUCUUCAUAGCUAACGGACUGCGCGGCCUAUCACUAACCAACCGCGAAGAAAAAUGAUUCUAGUGAAUUGGCUAUGCUCGCAAUGGAUGACGCGCGUCUCUCUUUACGUUGUGAGUCGAGAGACGCUCUUCUCCGGUUGAAACUCACCGCAGUGAGUAACAUUGUGAAAUAAAUACGCGUAGUCGGCGAUGAUAAAACCCCACCGGCCAGUGAGCUCGCUUGUGUUCAGUGUUUGUUUCAUUGAUUGUGUCACAGUUCAAUUUUGUGAUUUCCGCGAGAUAUGGUGAAAUGUAAUUAUAUUUGAUAAGAAAACAAAUCGUUCUCAUUUUUAUUAUAGACCGGUCUGGAUAACACAUAACACAGGCGCUUUGUUAGGUUCAAAAGUAAUUUUUUGAAAUGACCGAAACCCAUACGUCCGACAAUAGCGGGUGGAGUUCGUUGCAUAACGCAGCCUACAAAGGUCGCAUGGAUAUUCUGGAUAAGCUCAUUUCCAGUGGUACUGUGGAUUUGAAUGCCACAACUAAAAAGCUGGAAACGCCACUACAUCUAGCUGCCGGAAACUGCCGCGCCGAUGUAGUUCGGCUUUUGAUCAGUCACUCGGUUCACAUCAACUGUGGCAAUUACAAGGACUGGAGUUCACUUCAUUAUGCCGCGAAAUGCGUCCACACUGCAGCCGUGACUGAUUUGAUCGAAAAUGGGGCCGAUGUGAACGCUGUAACCAAGGACCACCAAACUCCCCUACAUAUUGCAGCUAAAAAAGGACACAACUCGACGGUCAUCAGUUUAAUAAAUGCUUCCGCUGAGGUCAAUUGUGUUGAUUAUAAAGGUUGGACUCCUCUGCAUUAUGCGGCCGAGAAAGGGCAUGAAGAAGUGGUUCAACAACUGAUUACCAAUGGGGCAAAUGUCAAUUCUUUUGGUAAUCAAAAAGAGACUCCAUUCAAUUUAGCCGUUCGGAAAAAUUGCACUGGCGUGGUUCGCUGUUUAGUUGAUAAAUCGUCAACGGUUCAUAUCGAGGACAGCAACGGAUGGACCUCUCUCCAUUAUGCAGUUUUCAAUGGGCAUACGGACAUCGUGAAAAUAUUACUCGAUAACAAAGCUCAUGUGAAUUCACUCACAAAACAGCUUACGACUCCUCUUCACUUUGCAGCGAAGAAAAAUCGCUUGGAAAUUGUUAAACUGUUACUCGAGGCGCAGGCCACAGUUGAUUGCAAAGAUUGGCGAGGAUGGACACCGCUUCAUUAUGCGGCCCGGAAAGGCUACAAAGAUGUUGUGUUGGAGUUAGUCGAAAACAAAUCUGACGUAAACGCAAUGACUAAUCGGCAAGAGACAUCGCUCCAUUUUGCGACCCGAAAAAACCAUUCGGAAAUAGUGCGUAGUUUGAUUGAAAAGUCUGCAAAAAUCGAUUGUAGAGAUAGCGAUGGUUGGACUCCGCUUCAUUUUGCUGCACAAUAUGGACGACGAGACAUCGUAAAUCUGCUGCUUGAUAGUGGUGCAAAUGUCACCGCCUUGACCGUAGUUCAUGAAACUCCUCUUCUAUUUGCAGCUCGCAAAGGGUACUGCGCAAUCGCUCGGUCGUUACUCGAUCAAUCGGCUUUGAUUAACCACCCAGAUGGAGACGGAUGGACUGCUCUGCACAGUGCUGCCAAUUUUGGUCGAAUUGCGGUUGCCCAGCUGCUCGUUGGUAACAAUGCCAAGGUGACUGCGACUACACCCGAACUGGAAACGCCUCUGCAUUUCGCUGCCAAAGGAGGCCAUGCCGAAAUGGUUGAAUAUUUAAUUGCCAACGGUGCUACGGUCAACUGUGCCGAUCACAACGGAUGGAGUCCACUUCAUUUUGCCGCUGAUGGCAAUCACCAGAAAGUCACGGAAAUACUGCUUGCUCACGGUGCCAAUCGUGAUGCCGUUUCAAAGAAUGGCCACACUCCUUGUCAGCUGGCAGCCCUGAAAGGCCAUACUUCCUGUCUACAAUGUUUCGAUGACUGUGCGGUUCCCGUGCAGAAUGUUAAUAAUGAUAAUUGAACUGUGUGCAACUGCGUGGAAAAUGUGAGAAACGUGAUCAAGUGAAAUUGCAGUUCCAAAGAAGUGAAAACGGAAAACAUUCAAAUCGAACAACGACGUACUGAAAUAUUUAGCAUUAUUUUAACGAGAAAAUAUCUUACUUUUGCUCGUAGACUCCAAUGAAAGGAGGACGGCACUAGUGAUUACUUGAAAAUAUAUAUGCAGAAAACAGUGGAGUUUCGUCAAAAGUCGUUAUAGCGUUCGAUUUACUGAACUUUAUCCCGGAAUUGAUUAAAAAAGAAAUAGUUGAGCAGAAAAAAUAAAGAUGUUUUAUUCAUUGUUCAAUCGACUAACGAUAGUAAAAUCUUCCCAGAAAGUUCGAACUACUG